AUGACAUCAAAAAAGAAUACCUUGUUAUCAUUUUUCACAAACAAUAAAAAAAUUCGAAGAGAAAAUGAAAAUAACGAGACUGAAGUGAACUCACCAGUAAGAAAAAUUACAGAAGUAAACAAGUCUGCAUGUACCACAAAUUCUUUAGAAAGUUUUAGUGAGGCAUCGAAUUCACGAUUACAGCAAGUGCUAACUAAUCUAUGGGUACCAGAUGUUGAAUAUAAAUUCCCAUUGCUUGCAAAAAAUGAAAAACGUGGCUUAAGAUUUCAGCAUAAAUGGCUAAAAGAAUUUAAUUGGCUGGCGUAUUCAAAUGUCAAAAAUGGGACAUUCUGUAAAUACUGUGUACUGUUUGCAAAAAAUGGUGGUGUUGGAAGCCAGCCUUUGGGUAGCCUUGUUACUGUUGCUUUCAGCAACUGGAAGAAGGCAAAAGAGUACAUUGAUUCUGUGAAUUUGUUUAGAAUGGUACAAAUUGAAGAAAAUAGAAGGAAAAUAGGACCAAUUAUUGAGUGUAUAAUUCUAUGUGGUAAAGAAGAGUUGGCUUUGAGAGGACAUAGAGAUUUUGGUGAUAUCUUAGUAGAUGAUGAUUCAAGGCAAGGCCAUUUCCGUGGUAUUCUCAAGUACAGAGCAAAAGGAGAUGAAUUUUUGCGUAAUGUUCUUGAGGGUUCAGGGAAACGUAAUAAAUAUACGAGUCCAAUUAUACAAAAUGAAAUAAUUCAGUCAUGUAACACAAUUUUACUAAGGAAACUAGUUAAUGUGAUUAAUAAAUCUAAAUGUUUCUCUGUUAUGGCUGAUGAAACAACCGACAUAUCGACUAAAGAGCAACUCAGCUUAAACAGAUGUGGAAUUGAUUGCAAUUAUUUAUAUGGCCAAGGCUAUGAUGGGGCCAGUAAUAUGGCUGGUCGAUUUAAAGGAGUACAGACUAUUGUGAAAUCUAAAUACCCCAACGCUAUAUAA